AUCAAGCGCAUCUCAUCGUUAACGUCAUCUUUAUGCGCGACCAGGCUUUUUUCCUGUUUUCCUUUUUGGUCCAAGCUUCUUCACAUGAGCCGGAAGUGUGGUGUUGAUUUAUCUAUGGAGAUAAUGGAAGUAGACUGUAACCAAGGUGAAUCAACAAUACCCCCAUUUGAAGAAGACUGUGUCGAGCUAGGAGACGUGAAGGAUAUGAGGCUGGAAGCCGAAGCCGUGGUCAACGACGUCCUGUUUGCAGUGGCUGAAAUGUUCGUUUCCCAGAAGUUGGAUAACGCCUUGGAUGUGGCAUACAUAAACGUGGAGACAAGAGAGGGAAACCGCUAUUGCCUAGAGCUCACUGAAGCGGGACUGAGGGUGGUCGGCUAUGCCUUUGACCAGGUGGACGACAGUUUGAGCACACAGUAUCAUGAGACUGUUUACUCCCUGCUUGACUCUCUCAGUCCGGGCUACAGAGAGGCUUUUGGGAAUGCCCUGCUGCAGCGACUGGAGAGGUUGAAACAAAACGGACAGUAGUAGAUCAGUCACGCAAAUAGAAAUAACAAUUAGUGAAGCCAUGGUUGUUGUUGAAGUGGGCCCUGGCUGUUAACUUGCCACGUGUAAUUCAAGAAGCCUUUUCUGAUUUCUGAAAGUUAUGAAACAUGUCAAAUCGCUACAUUCCUCCUUUGCGUUUAGUUUAACGAGGUUCUCUCUCCCAAUCUUUUUGUAAAUUUGAUUAAAAUUUUUUGUAGUGUUAGCCUGCAUCCUAAAGUAGACGUGCUUAUUUCCAUUGCAAACCAUUGCAACAAAAAAGGAUGGUUCAAUGGAUACCAGAAAAAAAUGACAUGUACUUAAUCAGAGAAAGACACCUCACAAGCAACAACCUUUCUUUACUUAUUGUCUGCUAAUUGUAGAUUGCACUAAAAUCUUGUUUAGGUUUUGAACUGUCUUGUGCCCUCUGCUUAAGUGCUUAGCAUCUAUCUAGAUCACCUUAAACAUUUUUACAGUGAAAAUAGUGAGCAAUUUGUUGGUGAAGAUAAUGCUAUUUAGCAUCAAACAGCCAAAGAGAGAGGGUUGGAAGCGCUUUGUAAAAGUAAAAUAAGACGUCCCCUAAAUAUAUCCUAUGGGUUUACAACUGCCUUAAAUAUUGACCAUGGUCAUAUUUACAUUACUUUGGUCAUAUUAACAUAUUUGAUCCUUCAAUGUGUUUGCUUACAUUGCAGUUUAUAUGAAAUUAUGUAGUCACAUUUAUGGAAUAAGAUUUAUGUUUUUAACAAAAAAUUAGCAAGCUUGUUUCAUUUCUACCAUUUCCUUACUAAACAUUUUGAACAUGCAUUAUUCCAGCUACAGAUGGAUGUUUUAUCUUAAUUGGUAUACGUCUGGUAAAACUGGAUGCAAAUAAGAAAGCUGAUGAAAUGUGAUAUAUGUGGCGUUUCAAGGACUACUGUAGCCAGUUUUGGCAACUGAGUGAUUCUGUACAAAACUAGACUGCUUUUGGCAUGAUCCUCUAAUCUUCUGGAACAUUGACACAUUUCUCAUGUUGAGGCAAAUGUUAUAUUUGUACUGGAAAUCAUUUUAAUAUGAUUAAUAUUAAGUAGUUGUUUUUUUGUUGCCAUUUUCUUUGCCUACCCAGGCAUCCUUUAGAACUGCCUGCCUCGUGUUGGAAAAAGAAAGAUUACUUGGUAUCAUUAAAGCUGUUUGCAUGUACCAUCA